AUGGGGAGAGACUUAUCGGUCAGCAUGGUUACCACUGAGUGUGACGUUCUUUCCCCGCGGGGUAGAGGCGCCAGUGUGAACAGUGUGCAGUCUGGUAUAUCGUCCAUCUUGUUCGACAGUAAUGAGACGGACCGGUCCUGGGAUUUGGGAGGGGUUGAUACGAACGAUACCACGGUCACCUCGCUAGAAGGUGACGAUGACGAGGAUGGCCAGGGGAAGGGACGGUUUCUGAGGCAGGACUACUGUGGGAAGUUCCAGUUCCUGCAGUUUGUCGACCCAUUCCCCGUGCAUCCGCCAAAGUAUGGUGAGGUCAACCCGGGGAGGCGGGUCCGCUUCCCCGUGUUUGAAGGUGCGGCCUCCCUGGCGGGGAACCAGCCGCCAGAGUACACACCGGCAGUGCGGCAAUGGGCUGUUGUAUCGCUUAGAGUGGAGUUUGAGAGUCCAGCGAUGCCCUGUGUCGCGUUCCAGAAUAAGAUAUGGCGGAAUUUUAUCAUGGAGAUCAAUUCCACACAGUUGAAUUUGUACCAUAUUGACCCAAAACUGACAGAAUUCAUAGAUGGGUACAGCCCGGGGCUUGCCCCAAACAACGUGUUCAGUCCGAGAAGACAGGCACAUAGCUUGCUACCGCACGAGUACGUGCUGUUGCGGGAGAAGAUUGAGCAGGGCCUAGACACGUACCUUGACAGUGCAUUUCUGUACAGAUCCUUCUCGUUGCAAUUCGCGAAAGUUGGGUUGCCCCUGGACUUCCAAUGGAGGGAACACCUCGACCACGUGAAUGACGGCCGGCUCGUCGAGUUGAGUGACGUCCCAGAUGAGAAGACGAUGAUCAAAAUGUUGCGCCAAGAAGAUUUCAAACACUUGCGUAUGAGAGUCGAGGGUCAGCAAUUUUUGGUAAAAUUCGAGGACGUCGAUACAAUGCUCGCUUGGAACGUGUUCUUGGACAUGGGGAUUAACGUGUCCCUGGAUUUAGAGAUUAGAGAGUUCCCAUUGUACAGGAUUGUCCCAAGGAGAAGCGGUAGGAGAGCUCGCAGGGAUAGGUCAUCGGUGCGCAGAACCAAGAAUAAACCACAUAGUCACACUCAAACUGUGACGGUAGUGGACGAGUGCGACCAAAAUAAAGUCGUCUCCAAAUUGAAACAGUUCUUUCUCGGCUCAGCGCCUGUGCCAACCCAUCGCAGAGGUUUUGUGCCACAACCUCCAGAGACAAGAUCAGAUGGGACAACUCCAUCCAAGAGUUCGAGGAGUCUGUCCUCCUCAGCAGCAUCCCAACAUGAACGUAACAACGAAGAAGAAGAAGAAGAUGAUGAUGAUGAUGAUGAUGAUGAUGAUGAUACUCGGAACGAUGAAGACGAAGAAAUGGAGAUGGAGAACGAAGACAAUGAUGACGAACCGUUUGGGUCCGACGUUAGCGCGAACUUUGAUGUCAAGGGGAAAUGGGACCCCUUGAAGACCACGUUGACUAGAGAAAGGUACCUGAUCCACAGUCUUCGCUGCAUCAAGCCCUUCUACCAGCGCAAGAGUUGGAACGACCGCGUUGUGGUUAGGGAGGCCCCCGCUCCAGACUACCAAACGAACAACUUGCCAAUAUUCUACGACAGCAACACAGAAACAUACGCCGUUGACAGUUUGAUGAUGCCUAAAAGCAAAAAAGUUAGUUACAACGUGCAGAACCAUUACGUCGAGACGUUUCUCUUAGAAAAGACAACAAAGAUGACUCCAUGCUACGACCUUCUCGUGAAGAGUUGGGAUGGAUCUAUCUGUUAA